AUGCCUGAACUAUCCGAUCCCCAGGAGAAAGCUCCUUCAUCUCCUCAUCAACCCUCGUUAGACUCCACACAAGGCGACGAAGAAAGUACUCAUAACCACGCCGACAUCCCACAAAUAGCCAUUCGCGAUGAAGUCAGUGAACAACCAAGCACGUCGAGUUUCAGCCAACGGUGGAGAUCCGCUAGCCAACGCAUCCGAGACCGAAGCUAUACAAUAGCCGAGCGGCUGGGCCGCCCCCAUGAAAGAGACGAAGAUGGAUUGGAAGGUGCAGGCUUCUCCACGGAGUACUUAGGAGCAACAGACGACAUCCGAAGUUUUGCAGCGCGCCAAGCCCACGACGAGGAGGAAAGGUUGAACGCCAAUGACCACGACGCCCAGGCUCAACUUUUAGUCCGGCAUCUUGGGUUACCGGGGACUCAUCAUCAUCAUCGACGAAAUGCAUCAUCGGAACUCCCCUCGGGUACGACAACACCCGGGGAUAUGAGUGAAUCAACUCCAUUGAACGGGAGCGUGCUCUCGCAGUUGCUACGUGUCUAUGCCAAUAAUCUAGAAAGUGCAAGCAGGAUGAGUGUUGCAACAACUUCUUUCGAGACGGAUCCUGAUACGGAGACUAUCCCGUCUAAAACCCCUGGUACGGCAACACCCAGUGGUACACCCGGUGGCACACCCGGUGGAACACCGCCACCGGGAAAGAAAGAAAAAGUCAAGUGGUAUAACAACGGAGAGCCGAAUGAAGCAGGUAGCAAAAAUGGCAGCAAGUUCAAUCUGCCGUUGAAGACUCCAGCUAAGAAGAAGAGGGAAUCGAAUCACGCUUAUACCUCCUCGCUGAUCUCGGCCUCGAUGGGCAUGGGUCGGGUUGGAGUGCCCGCAGCUGAAGGGCCUGCACCUAUGAAUCCGAAGGAGAGAAAGAAGCAGAAGCGGAAGAGCCAGAAGAAUGUUAAGCUGACGGUGCAUAUUGCUGCUAUCUUGGCGCGGCAACAGUAUAUCAUGCAACUGUGCCGCGCAUUGAUGAAAUACGGUGCGCCGACGCAUCGAUUGGAGGAGUAUAUGAUGAUGACUUCCAACGUACUAGAAGUGAAUGCUCAGUUCAUGUACAUUCCGGGUUGUAUGUUCAUGUCCUUUGAUGACCCACUCACACGCACUGCUGAGGUGAAGAUUAUUCGCGUUAUUCAGGGAUUGGAUCUCUCUCGUCUGGCUGAAACACACAAUGUGUACAAGAAUGUGGUGCAUGAUAUUGUCAGCGUGGAGCAAGCCACACAGGAUCUUGACGAGAUCAUGCAGCGCAAGCCACGAUAUGGACGCUGGAUGCGAGUUCUCCUGACCGGUCUAGCUAGUGUUGCUGUUGGUCCUUACUCAUUCGGCGCCCGCCCCAUUGACCUUCCCAUUAUCUUCUUCUUAGGCUGUCUUGUCGGAAUUAUGCAGCAUAUCCUGGCUCCAUCGUCGGCUACCUAUUCCAAUGUGCUUGAGGUGUCCGCAGCCAUCUUGACCUCGUUCCUCUCGCGUGCGUUUGGAAGUAUCCAACACAACGGUGAACGAGUCUUCUGUUUCCCUGCCAUGGCAGAAUCCUCCAUCGCCAUGCUUCUUCCUGGUUUUGCUGUGCUGAGUAGUAGUCUGGAACUUCAAUCGCAUCAGAUGAACGCCGGUUCAAUCCGCUUGGUCUAUACAAUCAUCUACUCCCUCUUCCUUGGAUAUGGUGUCACAGUCGGCACCACGAUCUACGGAUUGAUGGAUCACAAUGCUACAGAUCAGCAGACCUGUUCUGGCGCGAGCGAAGACUGGGGCAACGAGUAUAUCCAGCACUUCCCCUUCGUCGCACUCUUCUGUCUCUUCGCCGCCCUCCUCAACCAGUCCAAGGCUAAACAGCUGCCUGUGACGGUCUUUUUGGGAGUCUGCGGCUACGUAACCAAUUACUUCAGUACUAAAAAGCUCGGCUCCAACCAAGUCGCCAAUACAGUCGGUGCCUUCACUAUUGGCCUACUGGCUAAUUUGUACAGCCGUAUAUGGCAUGGUCAUGCCGCCGCUGCUAUCAUCCCGGGUAUCUUCACUCUGGUGCCAUCUGGUCUGGCAUCUUCCGGGUCGAUUAUUUCCGGCUUGCAAUAUGCCGAAGAGGUCGCUAAUGGGACCGCCUCCACCGCAAGCAGUGCCACUAAUGAAAGCUCGCUGACUUCCUUGGGCUAUGGAAUGAUCCAAACGGCCAUUGGUAUUUCCGUGGGUCUGUUCGUCGCUGCACUGAUUGUGUAUCCUCAAGGAAAGAAGCGAAGUGCUAUUUUCAGUCUGUAA